CGAAUUAGCGAUCGAAAGUUAAAAAGGAAAAUUGGAAAUUGAGUCGUAUGGGAUUGGUUGGCGUUUUGUUUGCCAUUGUAAUUUUAAAGUGAAGCAUUUUGUCGCGACAAGUGUUGCUCUAUUUGCUGUGGAUUGUGCUGCUGCUGCUACCGGGUAACAGUGUGGACUACAUUCGUCGGAUUUGUUGACCGGCGUUUCUGUUGUUUUGCUGAUGCGCUUCAGUAAGUUUUUCCCACACGUGGGCACUCGACUGGGGGUGGAAAGGUGGACCACUGCUGCCCAUUGCUAAACGGUGCUUUGUGAUAGGACAAUACCAACGAUGGAGAUUGCCUAACCUAAUAGCAGUGCAGUUGACAGAUGUAGAGAACAGAGGAAUAAUUCAGUGAAAGUUGCUUACAUCAGAAUAGAUCUGUGUUGGCGAUUCUGUGAGUGAUUCAUUCGGAGAAAGAGAAAUCCCCUUACAGUGGCAGUAAUAUGAAAACAACCGUCAGCUGUUCACGAAGAGCCCCUCAGGAACAACAGCGCGUCUCAAGAGAGUCAAGGUCGGUGUACGAAUCUUCCUCAUUCGGUAUCAGCGUGAAUGAACAGUUGCGCUAUCUGCAGAAACAGCAUCAAGAACUGAUUGAGGAGCACAAAACACUGAAGCAGGACUACCGAGAACUUCAGCACCGCCACGAUAAAUUGGAGACCGAAUAUUUGACUUUGGAAGAGGACUACAAUGCUCUGAGGGUGGAUUUUAAAAACCUUGAAGAAUCGCAGAAGACUUUCAACGUGCGAAAGAUUCUGCAAUUGAAGUUUAAGAAGCGUGCCGAUAAGGAAACACUGGUGAAGCAAAAUAUAAUACAGAAUGAAGCAUGUUUCAACACUUUCUUGGAGGCCGUGGUCAAGAGUGAUCCGUUGGGAAUUCCCAAGAUCGUAGUGGAGUGCGUGACGAUCGUUGAGUCGAGUGACAAAUUCAUGAAAUCUCAGGGACUGUAUAGAGUAUCAGGCAAUCACAACACUAUACAAAACCUACGUUACGAUAUCAACGCAGAUAACUACAAGAAGCUAAGGAAGCAAAAAACUCCCCAUGAGGUUUGUGGUGUUCUGAAGCUGUUCUUACGGGAACUGAAGGAGCCGAUUAUUUCGUUGGCAUUGCUGAAUCGAAUCAUCCCAGGGCCAUCUGAUAUGAUUCAUUUAAGAACGAUCAAAGUAUUGGAAUUGGUGAAUUCAUUGGACGAAUUGAGGAAAAACACGCUACAAUUUUUGAUGCAGCAUCUCAAGAAGGUGGCUGCCGUGGAGGACAACGAAAUGGACUCAACGAGCCUUGGGAUUUUGAUGAGCUCCUGCAUUUUCAACGAAACCUUAUCCGACGUUUGCCCGCAGCGGUUUGAAGCGAUAAGCGCCGUACCACGGGAAUGUACGAGGACAAUGAUCGAAUGUUACGAUGAAAUAUUCGUUAAGUAAUAUCAAAAAAUUUUAUUAUUAUUAUUAUUAUUAUUUUUAUGGUUUUAUUUUUAUUGAAUAAAUCGGUUUCCUGUCAUUUUA